AUGCAGGCUUCCAGUAUCCUGCCAGUGUCAGGUGUGCUGCAGCCAGGAGAGAGCCAGCAGGUCUCCUUGCCCUUCUCUGGCCACCUCAACAGCAUCUCCAGUGCCACGGCGCUGUGCCACGUGGAGGGAGGCCCCAGCUCUGAGGUGCUGGUGCCCGGGGAGGCCUCACGUGUCAGCUGCUCCCCGAGCCCCCAGGAGAUCAACUGUGGCUCUGGGGCACCUCUCAGGGAGAGAAGGGAGCUGAAGCGGCCGGCUCCAAAGCUUGAGGAGGAGGCAAAAGCCUUGGUGGAGGAAGAGAGGCGGAAGGAGAAAGAGAAGCAGAAGAAAGCAAAGAAGGGUGUCUCUGUGGGGAAGGAACCUCCAAAAGCAGAGAAGGGGAAAACCAAACCCACAGAGAAGGAAAGCAAGGCUCCAGAGAAGAAGGUCAUCAAAGAAUCAGAGAGGAAGGAAACCAAAAUCCCAGAGUGGAUGGAAACCAAAGCCCCAGACAAGAUGGAAACCAAACUCCCAGAAAAGAAAAACAAACAUCCAGAAAACAAGGAAACUAAAUUCCCAGAGAGGAAUGAAAGCAAAGCCCCAGAGAAGAAGGAAACCAAGGCCCCAGAGAAGAAGGACACCAAAGCAUUAGAGAGGAAGGAAACCAAAUUCCCAGAGAAGAAGGAAACCAAAGCUGCAGAGAAGAUUGAAAACAAACUCCCAGAAAAGAAAUACAAACCUCCAGAGAAGAGGGAAUCCAAAUUCCUAGAGAAGAAGGAAACCAAAGCUGCAGAGAAGAUUGAAAACAGACUCCCAGAAAAGAAAUACAAACCUCCAGAAAAGAGGGAAACCAAAUUCCCAGAGAGGAAGGAAAGCAAAGCACCAGAGAGGAAGGAAUUGAAAAUCCUAAAGAAGGAAAGCAAAUCUCCAGAGAAGAGAAGCAAACCUCCAGAAAAGAAGGAAACCAAAUGCCCAGAGAGGAAGGAAAUCAAAAUCCCAGAGAAGGAAACCAAGGCACCAAAAAAGAAGGAACCCAAAGCCCCAAAGAAGGGGGAAGCCAAAGUGCCAGAGAAGAGAGAGACCAAAGCCCCAAAGAAGAAGGAACCCAAAGCCCCAAAGAAGGGGGAAGCCAAAGCCUGAAAGAAGGGAGGAACCAAAAUCCCAGAGAACCCAGCUGAGCUGGAGAAGAACUCUUCAUUUUAUUCACACAACUUAUUUUAUACAGUUUGACAAACCUAAUGUGCCACUUUAGUUAGUUAAUAGAUUUCUUAUUAUUAGUUAUGCCAGUUAUUCUGUUGGAUAAUAAAAUAUAUUUUACUUGUGCAUCAAA